CUGCCUCCUCAGUUUCACCCAAAACCCAACGCAGUUUUCAGACCAAAUAGUAGUAUUCCACAGUCUUCUACCAUUGGUUGCCUAAUUGGUCAAGAACUCAUGGAACCCUUCAAGCCCUUUCUUUCAGUUCUUGUAGUACUCAUUUCACCGCUAAUUUUAGUUAAUGGGCAGAUUAGUACACCAUGCACAGCCUCAAAGCUUAGCACCUUAACUCCAUGCUUGAAUUAUAUAACUGGGAGUACCAACAAUGGCUCAUCGCCAACAGGGGACUGUUGCUAUGCGCUAAAGACCAGCAUGGACUGCGCUUGCCUUUUAGUAACCGCCAAUGUCCCAAUCCAACUGCCCAUUAACAGAACCCUUGCUCUCUCUCUUCCUAAAGCAUGUAAAAUGGGGAGUGUGCCACUACAAUGCAAAGCUUCUGCUACUCCUUUAGCUGCCCCAGGUCCUUCCUUACUAGGACCAACUAUUUCCCCCACAGCUGCUGAUUCUCCUUUAAGUCCAAGAGCAGCUUCUAAAGCAGUAGCAACAGGUCCUGCACCACAAUAUGAAGCAGAAUCUCCAUCAGUUGAACCUGAAGCUCCGACAACUGCAAUCAAUCGACCAGUGCUGACGCCAUCUGCAGCCUCUAGUCUAUCUUAUGUUUCUCCACAACCUCUGCUACUCAUAGUUUUAGGAAUCAUGGUUUAUAAAUCCUACUAGCUAAUGAAUGCAUGCCAACCAGCUAGGAGCUACCUUAACCUCUCUGUUCCUUUCUGCAAUGUUAAAAUAUAUACCACAUUCAGAUCUUGUCACAAGUGUUUUAACUAAGAUGUUCUGAUGUUGAAGGAUUGAGUCGGAUCCAUCCAUGAGAUUUUGAAAACCCCGUACGGAAUUGUAGAAUAAACCUCUUGGCUUCUUCUUAGUCAAUCUUUUGUCUUUUGUAUGAAGUAAAAUUUCUUUAUAUGUU